AUGUCUGAGAAGAAGUAUCGUGAGAUCCCCUUUCUUCAACCCGUCUUCAGGAGGAAGGAUAUCAGGGAAGAGCUGAUUGUGAAAGCGAAUGAGAGCUAUGUUGAGCUUAUUCGACAAUUUCAAGAGGAUGAAGUAAACCAAAUAGAGUUCCUAGAGCCGCCCUUGGUUGAUAUGGAGGAGUGUCUGGUAGACCAUGUUCAUCUGAACGAGAGGGGGUAUCAAGUCUGGGCCGAAGUUCUGUCCAAAGCAGUCUAG